AUUACACGGGAAUGAAGUACACAACGGCGUCUUUCACGGCCGCCAUGUCCAAUAUGCUUCCAGCUUUUGCAUUCCUCAUGGCCUGGUUUUUCAGGCUUGAGAGAUUGAGCAUAAGAAGCAAGCACAGCCAAGCCAAGAUAUUGGGAACUCUGGUCACCAUAGGAGGAGCGAUGAUCAUGACACUAGGGAAAGGUCCUGUUCUUGAUCUUCCAUGGACAAAAUCGGCUUCAGCACACGUUGAUUUAGAUGGUGUUGCGCAAAAACCAAUCGAGGGUGCUCUUAUGAUCACCGCAGGUUGCUUCUGUUGGGCUUCUUUCAUCAUCCUCCAAGCGAUCACCCUGAAGUCAUACCCAGCAGAGCUCACAUUGACAGCUCUGAUAUGUAUGACGGGCACGUUCCAAGGAGCGGUUUUCGCUUUUGCCAUGGAAAGAAGCAACUCUGCUGCUUGGUCUAUCCAGUUCGACGUCAGGCUCUUGGCAAUUGUCUAUAGCGGACUAAUAUGUUCUGGGGUGGGCUACUACGUUCAAGGGGUGGUGAUGCAAAUAAAGGGGCCAGUUUUUCUGACUGCCUUCAAUCCUCUGCAUAUGGUCUUGGUUGCAAUCCUGGGAUCCUUCAUUUUACAUGAGAUCUUAUGCCUUGGCAGGGUUAUCGGAGCACUUGUCAUUGUUCUUGGCCUGUAUCUCGUCCUGUGGGGCAAGAGCAAAGAUCAGGUUGCAGCAGGAAGCAGUGAAAAGCAAGAGACAUCGAAUCCCCAGAUAGCCAAUACAAGUUUGGCAGAUGAGAGUGCAGAGACUGCCGCUUCAUCGUAUGUUGUCGUUGAUGUCAUCAAAACCAAAGUGAGGCCGGCCGAAGUUUGAAGAUGAAGAACAAACUCCGAGAAUAAAAGCAAUU